AUGCGGCUCCCGCGGCUGCUGCGGCUGCUGCUCCUGGCCCUGCUGGGCGCGGGCCGCGUGGGCGCCGGCGGAGCGCAGACGCCCGCCAGCUCCAGCCCGGGGUUUCUAGAAUUUUCUGUCGGGAAAUUUAGCUACUUCCAGCUCAACAAGGCUUUUCCACAGGAAGCCGUUUUGAGCCACAUUUCAAGCAACACGAGUUUCCUCAUAUUCCAGAUACACUCGCAGUAUCAGAAUACCACAGUGUCUUAUUCGAGGACUGUCCUUCCUAGUACUUCAGGAACAGGCAAUGACAGGGGACUGGUUUCCAUUCUGAGGCCAGAGCAGAGUAUGUGCACCUGGUAUCUGGAGUCUCUGGAUGCCAAGCCUGUCCAAAGUGUGGCCAUCCCGCUCUCCUACUCAGAAAGAGAUCCUGUCCCUGGAGGCUGUAAUUUGGAGUUUGAUUUAGAUAUUGAUCCCAACAUUUAUUUGGAGUACAAUUUCUUUGAAACAACUAUCAAAUUUGCCCCAGCAAACCUAGGCUACGCAAGAGAUGCAGCUCCCCCGCCCUGCGAUGCUGGGAUGGGCCUGGAGUCCAGGUGGAGGCUGCAGUACCACGUGUACCAGUAUUUUCUGCCCGAGAAUGACCUCACAGAAGAUGUGCUGCUGCAGCAUCUGCGGAGAAUGGCCCAGGUGGCCCAGGUGAUGGCCAACGCUGUGAAGGUGCUUACCCUAACAGCUAAUGAUAAGACAAGCGUUUCCUUCUCCUCCCUGCGGGGACAAGGAGUCAUUUACAAUGUCAUUGUUUGGGACCCGCUCCUAAACACGUCUGCUGCUUACGUUCCUGCUCACACCUAUGCUUGCAGAUUUGAGGCGCUGGAAGGUGGCUGCUCUUCCCUUGGAAGAGUAUCUACCAAAGUGUUCUUCACUCUUUUUGCCCUGCUUGGGCUCUUCGUUUGUUUCUUUGGACACAGAUUCUGGAAAACAGAAUUAUUCUUCAUCGGCUUUAUCUUCAUGGGAUUCUUCUUUUACAUACUGAUUACAAGACUGACGCUUCUGAAGUAUGACGCUCGACUGAUCCUGACAGCCACAGUGGGCAGUGUCGGUGGAAUCUUCCUGGUGGCUGUCUGGUGGCGAUUUGGGACACUUGCCCUGUGCAUGCUGUGUGCUGGCCUUGUCCUGGGCUUCCUGGUCUCUGCGGCAACUUUCUUCACUCCUCUGGGAAACCUAAAGGUUUUUCGGGAUGAUGGUGUGUUUUGGGUGACUUUCUCUUGUAUCACUCUCUUCAUUCCAGUAGUUUUCUUGGGCUGCCUGAGAAUCCUGAACAUCCUGACCUGCGGCGUGGUCGGCUCCUACUCGGUGGUUUUGGCUGUUGACAGUUACAUGUACACAAGCCUUUCUUACAUCACUCUGAACGUUCUCAGGAGAGCACUCAACCCAGAUUUCCGCAGAGCUUUCACAAGUGUGCCUUCUCAAACUAACGACUUUGUCAUCCUGGCGGUAUGGGCUAUGCUGGCUGUAAGCGGAAUCACGUUACAGAUACGGAGAGAAAGGGGGAGACCGCCUUUCCCACCUCACCCUUACAAGCUGUGGAAGCAAGAGAGAGAGCGCCGAAUAACGAACAUUCUGGAUCCCAGCUACCACAUCCCUCCACUGAGAGAAAGGCUCUAUGGCAGAUUAACUCAGAUCAAAGACCUCUUCCGGAAGGAGCAGCCUGCAGGAGAGAGGACUCCCCUGCUUCUGUAGAGGGGUGCAGGCUUGGGCGCGGAAUCUUGGCUCUGGAGUUCAUGCCCAGGUGGCUUCAGCGGUGUGUGGUGCAGUCCCGACAGGUCAGGCUGGCAUGAUAUUGUGGUGUCUUUGUUCAUAGAAGGUGAGGGUACACUAGGCAAUGAGGGUGAGUCUAAGUCAGUGAAGGACAAAGGCAACCAAAAAGUCGGUGGUAGGGGGGCUCUUCCUUAUUCCAACUACUGAAGAAAUUAUCUUUGGGUUUAUAAAUAUGUAAUUGAUGUAUUCCAUUAAUACACCAAAAAUUUAAAAGUGGAAAGCAGUGGUUCUCCCCUUGGUGUUUCUUGAAGUUCUUGAACAAGUCCUUCCCCUGGCUUUGUCCACACUUGGGGAGGGAAAGGUAUUUAAGCAUUAUAUUGAGGGCUGGGGAGAUAGCUCAGGGGUAUAAGUGCUUGUCUGGCAAGGGCAAGGUGCUGAGUUCGAUCCCUGGUACCACCAAAAAAAAAAAAAAAAAAGUAUUCUAUUGGAUAUUUGCCUUUCCGUUUGCAUACAGAGGGAUUGAUCUCAAGCCCUUGAAUGUCAGAAUAUGAAAAGAGAAGUAACUUUCUUAUAUAAGUAAUCUAACUACUUAGUUGACAUUUUUUUUUUAAAUCAACAAAGUACCUAUGUUCCAAUAUUUAAAAUUUUUAAUUGUGGUAAAAUACACAUUAAACUUGCCAACUUAUUUUGAGUGUAGAAUUCAAUGGGAUCUUUUGAUUUUGCCUUUUGUUGCUUUAAGCACUAAUUCUUUAAGUGGAUAAAUCACUUCUGUUGUUUGACAGUAGGUCAGUUCUACAUAGAUGGUAGAAUGUUUAUAUAGAUAAUUUAUGUUUCAAAUGAAAGGCUUGUUGUUUUUGUUUUUUCCUUUCAGGGUCUCUACAAUAGAGUUUAAGCUGCAUUAGGUGGCAUGGAUCAUGUUUCAUUUCUAGGAAAUAAAUUGAUCUCUAGCUUUAAUGUAUAGUGCUGUUAACAACCUUUGAAAAAUUCAUACUUCAUCAUCCUGUCGGCGAAAGCAGUGGUGUUAGCAUUAACCUAGAAUGGUUUGCAAUGACAGCUUUCCUGUCAUUCAGGCCUGUGUGCUGUGUUUUGAAGGGAUGAGGAGACCGUCAUCCGGGAUGCUGGGCCUGACCUACUUUUAGUCAGGACCAGUUUGGAAUCUGUAAGGAGCGCUCUCAGUCUGAUAUCCUUGUUUCCCCACAAGAAGACCCUGAUGCCCUGGGCUGCAUCCCUGCUGCUGACUGAGAGAGCACUGGCUUGUGAGCCAGUUCCCCUCACUAGCUGGGGUCCUUGUGGCUGGGACACAUACAUGUGUGAGGUAACCACUACUUAACUGAUGCUGCUUUUUAGGGUUUUUUCAAAGUACAAAGAAGAGUACAGAAGUUUCACAUACCUGGAGCAAUCUUAUCUUCUGCUUUUGAAAGUGUUUUGGGGAAGAUAAAGCAAAAUGAGAAAAUACAAAAUGAACUGUUUUUGCUUUGAAAAAUUCAGGGCAGAUAUCCAUUUACUACUCUAUAAUUCUUACUUUUAUAAACCUUGUCCAAAAAGUUUGACUGGGGCCGGCGAGAUAGCUCAGCAGUCUAAAGUGCCUGCUUAGGCAAGCUUAGGCAGG